AUGGCUUUUGCACAACGUCUUACGAUUCAUUUUCGUGACAUACAGAAGAAUCCACCUCCAUUAUGUUACGCAGAGCCUGAAGAUCCUGAUAAAAACAUGAUGCAUUGGAUUGGCUGGAUUGAAGGACCACAAGGCUCUCCGUAUGCUGGUGGCAAAUUUCGCUUAACAAUUGACUUUCCUGUUGAAUUUCCAUUUAAACCACCCGUGGUUCUUUUUAUCACACCAGUUUUCCAUCCAAACAUCAGCAAAAAAGGUGAAAUCUGUUUGGAUAUACUUCAUUCUCAAUGGUCUCCAGCAUUAACUGUACGCGGUCUUCUAAUAUCACUAUGUUCUCUAUUGACAGACCCGAAUCCAGAACAUGGACUUAACAAAAGUGCGCUGAAGCUUUAUCAAACAGAUUAA